AUGGCAUUGUUAAAUUCGGUUGGUGUCAAUCGAAAUGGUUUUUCUCUGUGCUUUGUGCUCGUUUUGUAUAAAAGCUUUAUUCGUCCCAAACUGGAAUACGGCUUAGCUAUAUCUCAUCUCUCUUUCCGUGACUUCAAGGCUCUUGAUGCUCUGCAAAAUCGAUUGGUUGAUUUAUCUGUCAAAACCCGUUUGUAUCUAACACUGCCUGAUCCGCCGCCAUUCACCACUGCUGGUCUUACUGAAGUCUUUGAUUCGUAUUGGCAAGAUCAAGUAGAUCGUCAACUUGCUGCUGCUGCUGUUUCUGGUGCUCAGACCUCCUUCGUGCUUGUCGUCCGUCUGUCUCUCGUCCAGAUCCCAUCCUGUAUCUGCCUAUUGGUCGAUCUGCUCGUAGUCGUCUUGUGCGGUGGCGUCUUGGACGUUUCACCAAUAUGCGUGAAGAAUGUCCGUGCACUACCGGUGAGUUUAUCUCCCGAGAUCACUUUCUGA